GUGCGAAAAUUUGUUUGUUUACGAAUCCUUCCUUGCAAAAAUUUCGCAUCGCAUUCCAGCAAAGUUAAAAUGGAACAGAAGAAGAAAGUAAGGAGGCAGCUGGACAAAAAAUUAACUUUAAAACUCAUAACGGAAGUUAAGAAAAGACCCUUAAUAUGGGACAAACAUUUGAAAGUUCAUCGAGAUAUAAAACAGCUGAACGAUGCAUGGACAGAGAUUGCCAGAGAAAUUGGCCUACCCAAACAAUUCGUCCUCAGUCAAUGGAAGAUCGUUCUUUCCUGUUUCCGUACAUAUAAAGCGAAAGUGAGGAAAAGUCAACAGAAGGCGACAGGUUCUGAUAAAGUGUACAAACCCGUUUGGUUCGCAUACGAUGUGAUGGUUUCGUUCUUGUCAAAGGGUACAGAUAUGGAAAGGUUAUUGGACUCUACCGAAAUCAAGCGCUCCCCUUCAGAUGAUGAGGAUCAAAAAACAUCCUUAAUGGAUCCACUAUCCGAUAUAGAAUCAUCAGCUUCAACAAGUGAUACGACUCAAACCCCCGCAAUCAAACGAUUGGGCAGAAUACAUAAAAACGACGAUCACCAGCAGGCUGGACAAAACGAAGCCUUUCCCAAGGAUCUAUUUUUAGAGUAUAUUUCCAUGGAACUUAAAAACCUUCCCGAAAAGCGCCAACUGGAAGUGCGCAACAAAUUAUUUGGCGUUAUUGCAGAGGAAAGGUUGAUUAGUUUGAAUGGUAGCUACGUGCAGGAUAACUUAGAAACAAAAGCGACUGUAGAAUUAAAAACGGCGAAAGAAAAUUACAAAAUUUUGCAAGCGGAACAUCAGCAACUUAAGAAAGAUUAUGAAGAGCUAUAUACCAAAUAUCACAAGCAGGUAGCAGCAGCUGAAUUGUACGAGGAAUUCCUAGCAGAAGGUCAAUCCAUGGUUAAUAAUCUUACAGGCAAAUUAAUGGUAAUACGAAAUCAAUUAAUGAAAUAAACGUCAGUGGCAAAUAUUUAUUUUUAAAAUAAUUAUUGAACAACUGUAAAGCUAUUUCGGUGUAAAUAAAAAACCGUUUAGAU